UCCGUGAGGACCAGGGAGAGCGGGGUGAGGAGUCCCAGCAGCCCCCGGAGAGCGAGCCGGACCGGCGGACCCCCCUCCCCUCCCCUCCCCCCCCUCGGAGGAGAGACCCGCGUUGCCACGGGAGACGCCUCGGUGCAGGGCUGCAGGAUGUUCACCUCAGUGAAGGCCUUCGAGGGGCAGCAGUACUCCACCCUGAAGAGGCAGUGCCUGCAGAGUGGCCUCCUGUUCGAGGACCCCCGCUUCCCCGCCACCGACGACACCCUCUUUUACCAGGGCAACAGGAUCGGACGCGUCGUCUGGAAGAGGCCUCGGGAGCUGUGUGAGGACCCCCACCUGUUCGUCGACGGCAUCAGUGCGCACGACCUCCAUCAGGGGCAGCUGGGUAACUGCUGGUUCGUUGCUGCGUGUUCCAGUUUGGCCUCCAGAGAGUCCCUGUGGCAAAAGGUCAUCCCGGACUGGAAAGAGCAGGAGUGGGACUCGGAAAAACCAGAGUCCUACGCAGGGAUUUUCCACUUCCGGUUCUGGCGCUUCGGUGACUGGGUGGACGUGGUGAUUGACGACCGGCUGCCCACGGUGGACAACCAGCUCGUCUACUGCCACUCCAACGACAGUAACGAGUUCUGGAGCGCCCUGGUGGAGAAGGCCUACGCCAAGGUUUAUGGCUGCUACGAGGCUUUGGAUGGGGGGAACACGGCCGAUGCACUGGUGGACUUUACUGGGGGGGUUUCCGAGCCAGUGGACCUUUUGGAGGGUCAGAUGGCGACGGAUGAGGCAGCCCGGAACCAGCUGUUUGAACGAGUCCUCAAAGUCCACAACAGAGAUGGCCUCAUCAGCUGCUCCAUCAGGGCAACCACAGUGGAAGACAUGGAGGCACGGCUGGACUGCGGUUUGGUCAAAGGCCACGCCUACGCGGUGACGGACGUCCGUAAGGUGCGGCUGGGUCACGGACUCUUGGCCUUUUUCAAGUCGGAGAAGCUACACAUGAUCCGUAUGAGGAACCCCUGGGGAGAGAAGGAGUGGAGUGGCCCUUGGAGCGACGGUUCGGAGGAGUGGAACAAAGUGAGCAAGAGCGAGCGGGAGAAGCUGGGCGUCACCGUUCAGGACGACGGCGAGUUCUGGAUGACGUUCGAUGACUUCUGCCAGUACUUCACGGACCUGAUCCUCUGCCGCCUGAUCAACACGUCCUACCUGAGCAUCCACAAGACCUGGGAGGAGGAGGUGAUAAGGGGCUCCUGGGUCCCCCGGCAGGACCCGCUACGCAACCGGUCCGGCGGCUGCAUCAACCACAAAGCCAGCUUCCUGCAGAACCCUCAGUACGUGUUUGAUGUGAAGAAGGUGGAGGAUGAGGUGCUGAUCUGCUUACAGCAGAAGGAGAAGAGAGCCACGCCCAAGGAAGGAAAAGGGGAGAAUCUGGCUAUCGGCUUCGAUAUUCACCUGGUUGAGCUGAACCGGAAGUACCGGAUGCACACGGCCCAGCAGAAAGUAGCAGGCUCCAUCUACAUCAACUCGCGCUGCGUCUUCCUCAGGAAGGAGCUCAAGGAGGGCCGCUACGUCAUCAUCCCCACAACCUUCGACCCCGGGCAGCAGGGCGAGUUCCUGCUCCGUGUCUUCACUGACGUGCCUUCGGACUGCAAAGAGCUGACUCUGGACGAGCCUCCUCAGACCUGUUGGACGGGGAUGUGUGGCUACCCUCAGCUGGUCACUCAGGUCCACGUUCUGAACGCCGAGGGCCUGCAGGGACAGGAAAACAACGGAGCUGUGGAUCCGUACGUGAUCAUCACCUGUGAAGGGGAGCGGGUCCGUUCACCGGUUCAGAAGGACACCCGCUGCCCUAACUUCGACAUCAAAGGCCUGUUUUACCGCAAGAAACCCAAAGAAGGCAUCCACAUCGAGCGGCGCGCAGAUCUACAACAAAAACAUGAUCGUAGACACCUUCCUGGGUCAGGUGGUCCUGUUCAGCGACCCCAACGAGCGGCAGGAGCAGCACACGCUUCACCUCCGCGACAAGGGCAGCCGCCAGGACAACGACCUCCCGGGCACGCUCACUGUGCGCCUCAUCACCUCCACCAUGCUCACCAACAUCUGACGCGCUCGCUCGUACGGCCGAAGCGAGCGAGGUGCCGUCCUGACCGCGCCCGCUGCUCGCCUUCACCGCCCGUCCUCCAGCCGUAGCCGGAGGGUGCCAUUUCCUCUCCUGUCGCUUGUGCUCUCUUCUUCUUCCCCGUCUCUCCUGAUUUUUGAAAGCCUGCGUCUAAAGGUGCCCGUAGAUACCGGCGGGGGUUUCUACAGACUAUCUUUCCACACAUUCCUGCCGCGACGGGCGCUCCUGCGGUGUCUCAGAAAUGUCCUCUGCAGGAUCCGGAGCCAGAGUUUCCAACAGCUGAGUUCCUCUCAGACAACCGUCUUGCAAAUUUGUCUCGUCCUCUUGCAUUUUGUCCAAAUUAACCACAUAUAUUUCGACGUGCACACGUCCUCUCCAUGCAUGUGCCAGUGUUUCCAAGGGCUAUGCAUUGCCUUAAGGCCGAGUCUGUCUCCGCACCUCCAGGAGACGGGGGACUACGUUAAAUACUUCAAUCAGUUUUUGGUUCCUCAAGUCUGCGUCCCAGCCUGCUCUCCGUCUCCUCGGCCAUGCUCUGGUGUGUCGUGUGUGUGGAUAAUCUUCCCGCCCGCCCGGCCGGCCCACCCGGACACCCGGAGUCCCCAGCAGGUCGCUUCAGCGAGCAUGCAGAACCGUCCGUCACUUUUUACUGUGGAUAUGAACAAAAGCCAACCGCAGCUAUUCUCUCCCUCUGCAGAGAAACGUGCUCCCCGUCACUUCUUCCGCUUGAACCCCCCCCGACAUGCUCACCACCGGUUGCUAUGGACGAUCUCUGAACUGCAUGGCUUAUUAGACAAAAAAAGAGAAGAAAAGACACCCAACUCUCUGCCUGUGCUGCACAUUUCUCCAGUCGUAGCUUAGCAGCCGGGGCUUCACACGCAUCCUCCGCAGAGAUUCACCCUGAAUUGAAUCAAGUGCUUUAUGGGGCCAAAGACGAGCCGGGCCCAGCGCUCUUUUUGGUCCCUUUCGGACCGUCCUGGCCUGGCCGAGCCCAAGCCUCGCUACGAACCACCACCCCCUUGUGCCACAUCAUCUCUUAACGGCAACACCACUGCCUGACGCUUCCUCUGACGUGGCGCGGACCCAGAGGACUGACGCCAUGUGACCCCGUGCUUCUGCUGUUGGCACAGAAGAGACCGUGUGUGCGUGAGUGUGCGUGUGUGUGUGUGUGUGUGCGUGCGUGUUUCAGCAUCACUCUGAUUGGGAGCGGGUGAAUCUACCCAUGAUGCACCUGAACGUAAAAGAUUACUUUGGACCUUAAAAGGUGUGGAAGUUGUGACCCAAGCAGGAAGAGGGUCCUUUCUGGGGGUG